GUUGUCGUUUCAGGUCUGCCUUUUCCAGGGGCCCUGUUCCCGUCGGAAGGGGGCAAGCCGUGCCGAAGACGCAAGGCCCGCACCGUCUUUAGUGACCAACAGCUGCACGGGCUCGAGAAGAGGUUCGAGGCUCAGAGGUACCUUUCCACUCCAGAAAGACUGGAACUGGCCACGGCACUCAGCCUUUCCGAGACACAGGUCAAGACUUGGUUCCAGAACAGACGAAUGAAGCACAAGAAGCAGCUGCGAAAGAUGAGCGAGGACACAAAGCUCGCCGACCCGCAAUCUACUUCGAGACUCUUGGACGACAUGAGGGGUUUAGUGUCCAGCAGGGAAGACAGUCUCCAGGAGCCGGAAGUGGACGUGGUCGGAGAGGAGGACCAAUGAAAAAUAUAAACUUGUCUACCAAUUGUGUAAUUGCCAUCAUCAUUACCGAUGAACACAAAACUAGCUUCAGCACAUUCUGUGGUUGAGGUAACUUUUGGAAAUGUGCUGUUUCUAAAAAACACAGGUACGACAUAUCCCUCAAGUCGAAAAGUAGGCAAAAUGUGCAGAAGCUGAUGGAAAUGUCGUAACCAAAUUUAAAGUUGUGGUGAUUUGAGCUAGACUUAAUCGGGCGAGUAACACGUGUAAUAGAUUUCAAGUCGAGCUCAAUGAGAGAAAAUUUGAAAUGUUAUUUGAUGAUCUCUUGCAUAAAAUAUUAAAUAAAAACUAUUCCAGCAAUUGUGUGAUUGCUCCUACAAAAGCAAAGAAUCUAUAUACUACAUGAGUAACAAACAAGGCAUUAGAUACGUGAACCUAAGGUCUUUUCAUAACCUGCGAAGACUAAAACAUUCUUGGAAAUGAAACCAAAAAUCCUAAUAUUUUUUUAUAUUGCUAUCGGUUACUGAUUCUUUAGUUUUCUAAAAUUUAGUUAUUUGUGUUAUGUGUGAAAUUUUCUAAACGGAGGGUAAUUGCGAAUUUAGCAUAUAUUCCCAACUGUCUCAAAUGAAAAUUUGCCAUUUUGGUGAUUGUGUUAAGGGUUCUUAACUGUAAGAAACCUCGUCUUAAUUAUAUUGUGAGCAACUUAAAGCUAAAAUACUAAAAUUAUAACAAACACUUAUGAUAGCAACACUUCCAUUGCCAUAACAGCUGUAAAACUUUUAAACCAAUGACAGUAUAGUAAAUCUGCUUUAAAUACAGUCAUCAUACUAUAAUGGACUAAUUAAAAUAGAUUCAAUAGUAGCAGUCGCCCAUUAAUUCUGUUUAAUUUAAAUGACUUAUCUGAGUUUAUUGCUUUGUAUAAACUUAGAUAAAUCAUUCAGAUAAUUUAUUCACCAGAAUCACAGGCCUUAUAUGUUACUUUCGGUUUUAUUUAUCUUAUGUUCCUUAUUUUUAAGCCGUUCGUUAUAUUAAGUAUCUAUUAUAAAAUAAGUAGUUGUUAUUGCAGUUAUCAAAAGGGAAGCUUUAUAAAGGAAA